CUUUUAUAUAAAAAUUUUCAAAAUUAUAUAUAAAAAGGAAAAGUUAACAUAAAUAUAGUUUUGAUAUGAUUAUAAUAGUAUAAGAUUUGAAGGAAACAACAAAUUUUAUCUUAAAUUUAAAUCUAUUGCAAUCGGCAAUAUCAUUUUCUACUAUUACGAAUUCAUUUAUACAAAUUUUGUUCAAGUAAUGCACAAUUUUAUCUAACAACAGUUAAUCAACAAAUAUCGUUUCCUAUUUUCGUUACGCAUGAGGUUUACUGUUGCAUUAUCAAAGCUUAAUUUAUUUUAAUAUUGUACCUAUUAUAUAUUAAGGACAAUGUCUUAUCAAUUAUAUCGAAACACAACAUUAGGUAAUACAUUACAAGAAAGCCUGGAUGAAUUGAUUCAAUAUGGACAAAUUACACCUCAAUUAGCAAUUAAAGUACUAUUACAAUUUGAUAAAGCAAUAAAUCAAGCACUUGCAACCAGAGUUAAAUCACGACUUACAUUUAAGGCUGGUAAAUUAAAUACUUAUAGAUUUUGUGAUAAUGUAUGGACUUUUAUGCUUAAUGAUGUUGAAUUUCGUGAAGUUCAAGAAGUUGCAAUAGUAGAUAAAGUUAAAAUUGUUGCUUGUGAUGGAAAAACAUUGGAUGGAGAUGCAGCAGCAAAGCGAUAACAUCAUUUACAUAUUUGAAUAUAUUAUUAUAUUAUAAAUAAAAAAAAUAUUAAUUAUAAA